ACUUCACGUUACCCCCUCCACCUCCUGCCGAUUCGCCGAUCGAAUUCCGCCACCAAUCGCCGUCGAUGACUCUCAUGACUCCGCCACCUAUUGAUCCGGAAGAGGACGAGAUGCUAGUCCCACAUUCUGAAUUUGCGGCCGCUGAAGGACCUCAACCAAUGGAAGUUGCACCUGCAGAAGCUACUAAUACAGUUGAUGCACCGGCAGUUGAUGAUCCACCAUCAGCACGGUUCACAUGGACUAUAGAGAACUUUUCGAGAUUGACCGGCAAAAAGUUGUACUCUGAAGUGUUCUUUGUUGGAGGAUAUAAAUGGCGAGUGCUCAUAUUCCCAAAAGGAAACAAUGUAGACCAUCUAUCGAUGUAUCUUGAUGUUGCCGAUUCCUCAUCAUUGCCAUAUGGUUGGAGUAGAUAUGCUCAGUUCAGCUUAGCUGUGAUCAAUCAAAUUCAUAGCAAGUUCACCAUGAGAAAAGAUACCCAACAUCAGUUUAAUGCACGGGAAAGUGAUUGGGGCUUCACUUCAUUUAUGCCUCUUAGUGAGCUAUAUGACCCCAGUAGAGGCUAUCUUCUGAAUGAUACAUGCAUAAUUGAAGCUGAUGUUGCUGUCCGGAGAGUUGUUGAUUACUGGUCACAUGACUCGAAAAAAGAAACUGGUUAUGUUGGGCUUAAAAAUCAAGGUGCUACUUGCUAUAUGAACUCUCUCCUCCAGACGUUGUACCAUAUCCCUUAUUUCAGGAAGGCUGUGUAUCAUAUGCCAACAACCGAGAAUGAUAUGCCAUCAGGAAGCAUUCCUUUGGCUUUGCAGAGUUUAUUUUAUAAGCUUCAGUAUAGUGACACCAGUGUAGCCACAAAAGAAUUGACAAAGUCUUUUGGCUGGGAUACAUAUGAUUCUUUUAUGCAGCAUGAUGUUCAAGAGCUCAAUAGGGUUCUUUGUGAGAAGCUUGAAGACAAAAUGAAGGGAACUGUUGUGGAGGGUACAAUUCAACAACUAUUUGAAGGACAUCAUAUGAACUUUAUUGAAUGCAUAAAUGUGGACUACAAAUCAACAAGGAAGGAAUCCUUUUAUGAUCUUCAGCUUGAUGUCAAAGGCUGUCGUGAUGUCUAUGCCUCUUUUGACAAGUAUGUGGAAGUGGAGCGACUUGAAGGUGACAACAAGUAUCAUGCUGAACAAUAUGGGUUACAGGAUGCAAAGAAGGGUGUUCUGUUCAUUGAUUUCCCCCCUGUUCUUCAGCUCCAACUAAAACGCUUUGAAUACGAUUUCAUGCGAGAUACAAUGGUGAAGAUAAAUGAUCGCUACGAAUUUCCUUUGCAACUUGAUCUUGAUAGAGAAAACGGGAAGUAUUUAUCACCCCAGGCAGACAGAAGUGUCCGCAAUCUCUACACUCUUCACAGCGUCUUGGUUCACAGCGGUGGAGUACAUGGCGGACAUUAUUAUGCCUAUAUCCGGCCAACCCUCUCUGAUCAGUGGCUGAAAUUUGAUGAUGAACGGGUAACAAAAGAAGACAUGAAGAGAGCACUAGAUGAGCAAUAUGGGGGCGAGGAAGAGUUACCUCAAGCUAAUCCUGGGUUCAAUAACUCUCCAUUUAAAUUUACGAAGUAUUCAAAUGCAUACAUGCUUGUGUAUAUACGUGAAAGUGACAAGGAGAAAAUAAUCUGUAAUGUGGAUGAGAAGGAUGUAGCAGAGCACCUGAGAAUUAGAUUGAAGAAAGAACAAGAAGAGAAGGAGCAAAAAAGGAAGGAGAAAGCAGAGGCACAUUUGUACACUAUUAUAAAGGUUGCUCGUGAUGAGGACCUUCACGAACAGAUAGGGAAAAAUAUAUUUUUUGAUCUAGUGGAUCAUGACAAAGUUCGUAGUUUCCGUAUCCAAAAGCAAAUCUCUUUUACUCUUUUCAAGGAGGAAGUAGCCAAAGAAUUGGGUAUACCAGUUCAAUAUCAACGAUUCUGGCUGUGGGCAAAGCGCCAAAAUCAUACUUACCGCCCAAAUCGUCCUUUAACUCCUCUAGAAGAAGCUCAAUCUGUUGGACAUUUGAGAGAGGUAUCUAACAAGGCUAACAAUGCAGAGCUUAAGUUGUUUUUGGAGGUAGAAAUGGGACAGGAUCUACGACCAGUUCGCCCACCUGGGAAGACUAAAGAAGAGAUUCUACUUUUCUUCAAACUUUAUGACCCUCUAAAGGAGGAGCUGCGGUAUGUUGGACGGCUCUUCGUGAAGGGUACUGGAAAGCCAACAGAAAUUCUGACAAAACUAAAUGAGCUGGCUGGCUUUGCACCUGAUGAAGAAAUAGAACUGUUUGAGGAAAUUAAAUUUGAACCUAAUGUUAUGUGUGAACACGUUGAUAAGAAGCUAACGUUUCGGGCCAGUCAGCUUGAAGAUGGGGACAUCAUUUGCUUUCAGAAACCUCUUCAGGCUGGAACUGUAAAAUGUCGCUAUCCUGUUGUUCCAUCUUUUCUAGAAUAUGUUCAUAAUCGUCAGGUUGUGCGCUUUCGUUCACUGGAGAAACCCAAGGAGGAUGAGUUCUCGUUGGAAUUGUCAAAACUAAACAAUUAUGAUGAUGUUGUCGAAAGAGUUGCCUGCCAUCUGAGCUUAGAUGAUCCAUCUAAAAUCAGACUUACAUCUCAUAACUGCUAUUCCCAGCAACCGAAACCCCAACCAAUCAAGUACCGAGGAGUGGAACAUCUGUCAGACAUGUUGGCACACUACAAUCAGACUUCAGACAUUUUGUAUUAUGAAGUACUGGAUAUUCCUCUUCCUGAACUGCAAGGCCUGAAAACCCUGAAGGUUGCUUUUCAUCAUGCAACAAAAGAUGAGGUAGUCAUACAUACCAUUAGAUUGCCAAAACAAAGCACUGUGGCAGAUGUGAUCAAUGAUCUUAAGACGAAGGUUGAGUUGUCUCAUCAAGAUGCAGAGCUUCGAUUGCUUGAAGUUUUCUACCACAAGAUUUACAAGAUUUUCCCCCUCAAUGAAAAAAUCGAGAACAUUAACGAUCAAUAUUGGACGCUACGUGCUGAGGAGAUUCCAGAAGAGGAAAAGGACCUGGGUCCGCAGGAUCGUCUAAUUCAUGUUUAUCAUUUCAUGAAAGAUGCCUCUCAGAACCAGGUGCAAGUUCAGAACUUUGGGGAACCAUUUUUCCUUGUUAUUCGAGAGGGUGAGACGUUAGCUGAAGUUAAAUUACGCAUACAGAAGAAACUACAGGUUCCAGAUGAGGAGUUUUCUAAGUGGAAGUUUGCAUUUCUGUCUUUGGGUCGUCCUACAUACCUUCAGGAUUCUGAUGUUGUCUCUAGCCGUUUUCAGAGAAGAGAUGUUUAUGGUGCUUGGGAACAGUACUUGGGAUUGGAGCACUCAGACAAUGCAUCCAAAAGGUCAUAUGCUGCAAAUCAGAAUCGACACACAUUUGAGAAACCGGUUAGAAUCUACAACUAGCUAAAAGAAUAAGAUGAUCACAGCCGAAGCUGCACCAAAUUGUUGGCCGAGUGGUUAACCUUUUGAAGGGUGUGCAGGCUUGAAACGAAAGGAAGCUGGUACGUAGAUGUGCAAUUUUUGUUGAAAAUUAAAGUUAGCGAACGGUUUUUAGAAGCGUGGCGUCCCUUGUUUUGUGUAGUGAUGUAGUUUUUAGGUGAUGUUUUCCCAUCUUCCACUCCAUUGUACCUUUAGAGUAUGCAUAAGAUUCUGGAAAUGGGAUGUAUAGAGGUAUAGAUGUGUGAUCUUCAACUUAAAAAGAUAUUUAAAGCUUGUUUUGUUUUUCUUUAUAUUUAUUCAACAGAUGAUUGUA